CACACACACACACAUAAACUGCCAACCCGGCGACGAGGUUGGGCCUGCGGUGCCUGCCUGCAACCCAGGAAACAUGGAGCUCGAGAAUAUCGUGGCCAACACUGUUCUGCUGAAGGCGAGAGAAGGAGGGGGUGGGAACAGAAAAGGCAAGAGCAAGAAAUGGAAACAGAUGCUUCAGUUCCCUCACAUAAGCCUGUGCGAGGAGUUACGUCAGACUAUAGAGAAAGACUACAACAGCCUUUGUGAGAGGCAGCCAAUCGGAUGCUUGCUAUUCCGGCAGUUCUGCGACACCAGGCCGGAGUUGAGGCGCUGUGUCAAAUUUUUGGAUGCUGUGGCGGAGUAUGAAGUAACGCCAGAUGAGAAGAGGAAGGAGUGUGGACAGGAGCUCUUAGACAAGUACCUCAAUCAGAAGUCAGAGGACUAUGUCCCUGAGGUAACAGAGGAGAUGGUGACUAAGUGUGCAGAAAGCUUGCAACAGGAGGCAUGUAAAGAGCUCUUCAUGGAGUGCACCAAACUGAUCCAUGACUUCCUGAGCAUGGCCCCCUUCGCAGACUACCUCGAUAGUAUGUACUACAGUCGCUUCUUACAGUGGAAAUGGCUUGAGAGAGAGCCAGUCACAAAAAACACAUUCCGUCAGUAUAGGGUUUUGGGAAAGGGAGGCUUUGGCGAGGUCUGUGCAUGCCAGGUGCGGGCCACAGGGAAGAUGUACGCCUGCAAAAAGCUGGAGAAGAAACGCAUUAAAAAGAGGAAAGGAGAGUCCAUGGCGCUGAAUGAGAAGCAGAUUCUGGAGAAAGUCAACAGUCGGUUUGUUGUGAGUCUUGCGUAUGCAUACGAGACGAAAGACGCCCUGUGUUUGGUGCUCACGCUGAUGAAUGGAGGGGACCUGAAGUUCCAUAUCUACCACAUGGGAGAGGCAGGUUUUGACGAGAAGAGAGCUGUGUUUUAUGCUGCUGAGAUCUGCUGCGGGUUAGAAGACCUCCAUCGUGAGAGGAUAGUAUACAGGGAUUUGAAGCCAGAAAAUAUACUGCUGGACGAUCAUGGUCAUAUACGUAUAUCAGACCUUGGCCUGGCUGUGCAUGUACCAGAAGGUCAGACAAUCAAAGGACGGGUGGGAACUGUGGGGUACAUGGCCCCAGAGGUGGUGAAGAAUGAGCGUUACACAUUCAGUCCAGACUGGUGGGCUCUCGGCUGUCUUCUCUAUGAGAUGAUCCAGGGCCAAUCACCCUUUCAGCAGCGCAAGAAAAAAAUCAAGCGAGAGGAAGUGGAGCGGCUAGUGAAAGAGGUGGAGGAAGAAUAUUCCAGCAAGGUCUCAGAGGAUGCCAAAUCACUCUGUAAAAUGCUGCUAGCCAAAGACCCUAAUGAGAGGCUUGGCUGUCAGGGGGAUGGAGCCACAGAGGUGAAAGCCCACCCUAUUUUUCGUUCCAUCAACUUCAAGCGACUUGCAGCAGGCAUGCUCGAAGCACCCUUUAUUCCAGAUCCUCAGGCCAUCUACUGUAAGGAUGUGUUGGACAUCGAACAGUUCUCCACAGUGAAAGGGGUGGAGCUGGAGCCCAAAGACGACUCCUUCUACAGCAAAGUAUCCACUGGAAGCAUUCCCAUCCCCUGGCAAAAUGAGAUGAUAGAUACGGAGUGCUUUAAAGAACUUAACAUCUUGAAUUUGGAUGGCACUGUGCCCCCUGACCUGGACUGGAGAGGUCAACCCUCACCCCCACCCAAACAGGGCUUACUGCAAAGACUCUUCGGCCGGCAGGACUGCUGUGGUAAUUGCAGCGACAGUGAGGAGGAGCCCACACGGCUGUGAAGGCGUGGCCUGGUUGUGGCUCCUCCCCUACACCACUGAGGAUCUCAUUUGUUUACAGUUUUUGCACAUUUGUAUUUUUAAGAUAGCUCUAUAUAAACAUUGGAAUGUAUAUUUUCACUAUAUAGCCAUGCAGUGUAUCUUAUAUUUAAAGUCAUCGAAAAGAAAAGGACAGAAAAAAGGGUCCCAAUUAUCAUCCUUUAUCAUGGGUGACGUAUGGAAAGGACAGAUCGUUCAACACUGCUCAAGUCUCAAACUCGGUUGACCCAACCGAUCCUGUACAUUUCGUCAGUAUGUCUUGCAGCCUCUUUGCGCUUUUUUUCUUUUUUUGUUCUUAUACGAUUUCACACACAUGUACAGUAUGCACUCUGAAUAUUUGUUUUAGACGCGGGGAGCAAAGGAAAUUUGCUUUUGCAGAUAUUUUUAUAUUUAUAUUUUGAAUUUUAUUUUCUUAUGGUAAUCUCGACAAUCAAAUGACACCAUUUGUAUAAAACAGUGAUAAAUGUGCAUUAAUAGAAUUUUAAAAAAAGCAAAAACAGGAAGUGACUAUAAAACAGAGGGAAAUUUUAACAUCAUAAAUUCUCUACCAGAAGUCUCAAAUAUGUAAGGUUACUUAGCUAGAGAUACCUAGAAAACCAAAUAGACGUGACUAAAGUGCAUAUAUGUACAAUAACAACAACAGUUGUACCAUGUUGUAAAUAUGCGACACUCAUCUGUAAAGUCUUCAGCACGUCUUCCUGCUAAUUCUUCUUUGGAUAAUUAGGAAAAACAUCCUGAUUAUAGUCCUGUGUGGCCCAUAUGUUACAAAAUGAGUCGAAUCAUGAGGCAUUAUUUUCCAUUUACGGUAAAUUUCACAACAUGACUGGUAACGACAUGACAGUAAUUUGUCAUUCCAGCUCUGAAGACCGAAAGACUUUAAUUAAGGCCUGUUUCACACUGCACACGUAAGCAGAGCGUAAGCAGCGCAUAUAUUUUCUUGGCACUCAUGUUACCAGAUUUGAACAUUCACACUGGACGCCGAGGCAAUGCGUAGCAGAGCAGAAGCAGCAGUGCCGCAAAUAUUUGCUUCACUGCUCACGCAGUAUUUUUGGCCAAAAUAUGCAUGUUGACAUGAAAAAUUAACAAAUUUACCAUAAAAUUAUAAAAGUGAUGUCUACUGUGUUUCACACAGUUAUCAAAUGACUUUCAGCACUGCGAGGGGAAAAAAUUAAAUCCCUGAAAAUGCAAGGAGUUUGUUUGCCCAAACCUCAAAGCAUGGUUAAAUAAUUACAGUUUUUCUCAAUCGAUUUGACACUUUGUGACACACACUCACUGUUCUCAAAACAAUUAACACCGUGAUCUGAAAACUUUAUAAUUGUCCUAAACAGAUUGUACGAUUUCAUUCAUUUCAUACAAAUUACAAAUCAUGCAAAUAAUUUUCUAAAA